CAAAUAAAAUAUAAAGUUAGAUCAUUACAAAUGACUCAAUUGUUUGUUAAAAUGAAUGAUUGAAAUCUAUUAUAGUUACUUUACCACCCUUUUAGUUCAUAUCAAUCUCCUCUACUAUACUACACACAAUCUGUUUCCAAAAUCUCAUUACUGUAAACUUACAACAACUAUGGCUGAAAUCAUUGUGUCUGCCUUGCUCCCAAUUGUUUUUGAGAAGCUAACCUCUGCAGCCUUGAACAAGGUUGCUCGCUCCAAGGAAAUUCAGUCCCGCCUCAAGAAAUUGAAAACCUCAUUACCCCAGAUCGAAGCUCUGCUUAACGAUGCUGCUGAGAAAGAAAUACAAGAUAAAAGAGUUAAAGGUUGGCUAAUUCGUCUGCAGCAUUUGGCUUAUGACGUAGACGAUAUACUUGAUUCUUUGGCUACUGAUGCCAUGCAUCAUGAGCUGACUGAAAAACCUGCAGGAGGCAUUACCAGAAAGGUAACAAACCUCAUCCCAACUUGUUGCAGCACUAGUAGUUUCUCAUCAUCAUCAAAUACUGAGAUGCAUCACAAGCUAAAUGAUCUUACCAUCAAGUUACAAGAACUGUAUGAUGAAAGAAAUGAUCUUGGUUUGAUUGUCAAAGAUAAAAGGUCAAAAUAUAUCAACAGAAGAAACCAGACCUCUUUGUUAUUACCUGGUAUUAUUGGACGUCAAGGUGAAAAGGAAAUUCUGCUUGAGAAGCUGUUCGCAGAUGGUGAACCAUGUGAUCAGAACAACUUUAGCAUCAUACCCAUAGUUGGUAUGGGUGGGAUGGGCAAAACCACUCUGGCUAGACUUUUGUAUAACGAACCAAAAGUCGAGCAACACUUUGAACUCAGGGCCUGGGUUUGCGUUUCAGAUGAGUUUGAUGGCUUCAACAUCAGCAAACUUAUCUUUGAAUCCGUAGCUGAGGGAGACAACAAACAGAAGGAAUUCAAAAAUCCAAACCUGCUUCAAGAAGCUCUUAGAAAUAGACUCGCAGGAAAACGGUUUCUGCUAGUUUUGGAUGAUGUUUGGAGCGAAAAGAUUGAAGAUUGGGAUACCAUAGUGCCCCCAUUUCAUGCAGUGGCCCCUGGAAGUAAGAUUAUCAUCACAACUCGUAAGGAACAAUUGCUCCAACAGUUGGGAUAUGAUAACCCAUACCAUUUGAAUAAGCUGUCAGACAAAGAUGCUUUGUCUUUGUUUGCGCAACAUUCAGUGGGUGCAACCAACUUUGAUUCAUAUCCAACACUCAAAUUAUAUGGUUUGGGCAUAGUGCAAAAAUGUGAUGGCUUGCCUUUGGCUUUAAAAUCACUUGGAACUUCAUUGAAGACAAGAACGGAUGAAGAAGAUUGGAAGGAGAUCCUGAAUAGUAAGAUAUGGAAUUUAAAAGAUCAAGGAGGUAUUCUUCCUGCUCUUCGACUAAGCUACCAUGAGCUUUCUGCAUCUUUGAAGCAAAUGUUUGCAUACAGUUCCUUGUUCCCAAAAGAUUGCACGUUUGAGAAGGAGGACUUGAUUUUGCUGUGGAUGGCAGAGGGGUUUUUGCACAAAUCAACUACAGACGAGCCAAUGGAAAUGGAACGCUUGGGUGAGAAAUAUUUCGAUGAGCUAUUCUCAAAGUCGUUUUUCGAACAUGUAAAUAGUGAUAAAACGUUAUUUGUGAUGCAUGACCUCAUGAAUGAUUUGGCAACAUCUGUUGCUGGAGAAUUUUUUCUAAGGUUAGACAUUGAAAUGAACAAUAAAAUUGAAAAGCAAAGUUUGAAAAAGUACCGCCACAUGUCGUUCGUUCGUGAGGAAUAUAUGACCUGCAAAAAGUUUGAGGCAUUUGAAAGAGCUAAUAGUUUGAGAACAUUUUUGGCAGUGCCAGUUGUAGUGAGAGAUGGAGGAAGGGAGUCAUUCCACUUAGCGAAUAAGAUUUUGGUCGACAUACUCCCCCGGUUACCAUUGUUAAGGGCUCUUUGCUUGAGUAACAUAUGGAUAAAUGAGGUACCAGAGUCUAUUGGUGAUUUGAAGCACCUGCGGUAUCUUAAUCUAUCUCAAACUCAAAUCACACGUUUACCAGACAAUGUUUGUAAUUUAUAUAAUUUACAGACAUUGAUCUUGUUUGGUUGUUGGAUGUUGACGGAGUUGCCCAAAAACUUCAUGAAACUUCAAAAUUUAAGGCAUUUUGACAUUAGGGACACUCCGCGUUGUUUGAACAUGCCCUUAGGUAUUAGUGAGAUGAAAAGCCUACAAACUCUUUCCAAGAUUCUUAUUGGGGGAGAAAACGAGUUUCCAAUAAGCAAGCUAAAGAACCUAAAGAAUCUUCGCCGGAGAGUUUGUAUUGAUGGGCUAGACAAAUUGCAAAACAAUGAUCAAACACGAAAGGUGAACUUGUCACAAAUGAGGCUUAGUGAGUUAGUGGUUAAAUGGAGUGAUGAGUUUGAUGGGUUUCGAACUCAAAGACUUGAAACAGAGGUCCUGGAUGUGCUUAAGCCUCAUAAUGAUAAUCUGAAAAAACUUGAAGUUGUGUCAUAUGGAGGCACAGAAUUUCCACAAUGGGUCGUGCAUCCGUCGUUUAUAAGGUUGACUGAUGUUUCCAUUCAUAACUGUAGAAACUCUGUGUUUCUGCCACCACUCGGGCAGCUGCCAUCACUGAAGAAAUUGUCUAUUCAAGUCAUGGAUGAUGUGAAAGAGGUGGGAUCGGAGUUCUUGGGGACUGGUCCUGCUUUCCCUUCACUUGAGAUUUUAAGCUUUUAUGUUAUGCCAAGGUGGGAGGUAUGGUCAGUCAAUUUGGUGGGUGUUGCAGUGUUUCCAUGUCUUAAAGAGCUCCAUAUAGGGAGCUGUCCUAAGUUGGCACAAUGGGAGGUGUCAGCCAAUGUCAAUGUAAGAGUGUUUCCAUGCCUUCAAAAGCUUGUGAUAUAUAACUGUCCUAGUUUGUUAAAAGUAUCACUUGAGGCACUACCUUCAUUGAAGGUUCUAAAAAUAGAUAGAUGUGGCAAUGUUUUGUUGAAAAGUCUGGUUUGUGUAGCUUCAUUAGUGACCGAGUUGAGUAUUGAACAUAUAUCGGGACUUGGUGAUGAGGUGUGGGAAGGUAUAGUACAAUAUCUUCGUGCAGUUGAAGAAUUAAGUAUUGUGCAGUGUAAUGAGAUAAGAUAUCUGUUGGUAUCUGGAGAAGUAGAUGAAUGCAAGGAGGUUCUUGGGAAAUUAAAGAAGCUGUAUAUAAGACAGUGUAAGAAAUUGGUGAGAAUAGGAAGAGGAGGAGGAGAGAAAGAAGAAGAGGGGGAAGGGAGCAACCUCCCAACAUCUCUUAGGAUGUUAACGAUAUCGGAAUGUACGAAUCUAAUGCAUUUGAGUUGUCCAGACAGCAUCGAAACUUUGGAAAUAUACAAUAGUGAGAAUCUCGAGCAUUUGAGUUGUCCAGACAACAUUGAAAACUUGGAGAUAUAUCGUUGUAAAAAUCUGGUGCAUUUGAGUUGUCCAACCAGUAGCAUUCAAAAAUUGAGAAUGCAUGGUUGUAGUUCGAUUACAUCUGUCUCCUUCCCAGCAGAAGAGGGAGAAGGAUGGAAGAAGCUCAAGUUACUUAGUGUAGGGAGUAGUAACUCAGUAUUGGAGGAGUUGGAAAAGCAGGUGUUAAUAAUAACCGACAACACCACAAACAUCAUGCCGAUUCUUGAACAUUUAUUUAUAGGCAACUGGGAAGAUCUGAAAUCAAUAUCAAAAUUUACAACAUGUUUCAUUCAGAUCACGAGUUUGGCAAUAGAUGAUUGUGGGAGAAUAGAGUCAUUCCCUGCUUUGCAGAAUCUCGUGUUGUUAAAGCAUCUAACAAUCACGGAUUGUAGAAGUAUGGAUGGCCCCCCUCCUCUUUGUGGUGGUGUAAGUGGGGUUUGGCCUCCCAAAUUGGCUUCCUUAGAAAUAGGGAAUCUGAAGAGGCCCAUAUCAGAAUGGGGCCCACUCCCAACCUCCUCACUCGUUGAACUACGUCUAAAUGGUGGAUUUGGAUCAACCGAUGAAGAAGAAGAAGACGUCAAGUGUUUCCCGACCUCCUCACUUCUUCCUUAUUCAUCAUCAUCAUCUCUUACUGAACUUAUGUUAUUUGAUUUUAAGAAAAUGGAAAGAAUAUCACCAAAGGGACUCCAACACCUAACCUCCCUCCAACAUCUCACCAUUUAUCGAUGUCCGAAGAUGAAAGAUCUACCAGAAACGUUGUUGCCUUCACUUUUGAGUUUGAAAAUAGCGAAUUGCCCAAAUGAACUGAAAGAAAAGAUGAUGAGUAAAAGCGGCUCCUAUUGGCCCCUUCUCUCCCAUAUCCCGCAAGUCACUUUCUUCAUGGCUCCCGAGCGCCCUAAGUUCAAAGAUCUACCUAAAACGUUAUUGCCUUGAUGAUGAGUAGAAGCGGCUCCUAUCGGCCCAUUUGUCUCCCAUAUUCCUCGUGUAUGGAACUCAGCAAUUAUGAAGGGUAUGUAACUAUGUAUUUUAUGUAAGGAUUACUCAAUUCAAAGACACUUUCAUAUGAUGGAGAUAUUAGCUCGCUGCAUCUGCUGGCAACCUUUUUAAACGUUAUGUACAUGUUGGAGUAUAUAUGUAGCUAUUUAUUGAUUUUGUGUAUAAAUGUAUGUUCUCGAUAUAGUACAAUGGCUAAUUAAACGCACAACAAAUGAAGAACGUUCUUUUCGUGA